AUGGCUGUCGAAUCAGAGGUUCACCAUGAGUCAUCUGAAGAAUACGACUCUGAAGAAUAUGAAGAUGAUGAAGAGGUGCUCGAUACUGAGCACAUAGAUGUGGAAAUGGAAGAAGUUGAUUUCAAGACACAAGGUAAAGAGAGAUGCAAGGAUGCUUUCCUUAACUUCGGUUAUGAUUAUGAAGAUAAUGAAGUUGAUCAAGACAAUGACUUAGUUGAUGAAGAUGAAGAAGGGUUUGGUUCAGAAGAGGAAAUCGAUGACACUGCAGGGGCUAAUGAUCUUGAUUUGGGAGAUGCGGUUGGUGCAGGCUUCCCCAUUCACGAACCAUCAGUUAAGUGGAAUAAGAUGAAGCCCCUUCUUGGUGAAAGGUAUGAAUCACCACACCAGUUGCAAAAAUGUCUCACUAAUUAUGCUAUUAAGUCAGGGUAUAACAUUAAAUUUGUGAAGUGUGACACUGUGAGAUUAACUGCCAAAUGUGGUUCUAAGAUGAAGUCUCAACCCUGCUCAUUCAGAGUUCAUGCUUCCUCGAUGACUCAAGACAGGUCUUUUCAGAUUAAAACCUUAGUGGAUGGGCACAAAUGUGUUAGAAAUUUCAAUAUUUCAAAUUUACUGAGUCCCAGAUGGCUAUCAAGACACUUUUUGAAGGAGUUGAUAAUGAAACCUAACUUGAAGUGUAAGGAGAUGCAAUCAAUAAUUAGGACCAAAUUUCAUUGUGGUGUGUCUUGGUCUAAGGCUUAUAGAACAAGGUGUAGAGCAAUGACCAUUAUAGAUGGUAAACUCACAGAACAUUAUGCUAGGGUGUGGGACAAUUAUCAUGAGUUACUAAGGUCAAAUCUUGGUAGCACUGUCCAAGUUGGUGUCACUGUAAAUCCAGAUCAAACAACAUACUUUCACAGGAUGUAUUUGUGUUUUAAAGCAAUCAAGGAAGCAAUAGGGAGGGAUGCAAACAACCAAGUUUAUCCAAUUGCUUGGGCAAUUGUUGACAUUGAAAACAAAGCUAAUUGGAAAUGGUUUCUGGAACUGCUCACAGAGGAUCUUAAUCUGCUAAAUGGAGGAGGGUUUACUAUGAUUUCUGAUCAACAUAAGGGAUUGCUUGAAGCAACCAAGGAAGUCCUACCAAAUGUGGAGCAUAGACAGUGUGCAAGACACAUAUAUGCUAACUUUAGGAAGACCUAUUAUGGAGUGGAGUUCAAGAAUAUGUUCUGGGCAGCUUCCUUAUCAACUGUAGAGAGUGAAUUUCUGAGGAAAAUGGAUGAUAUAAAAGAGGUUAAUCCAAAUGCUUAUGAACAUUUGAUUGCAAGACAUCCUCACACAUGGUGCAAGGCAUUUUUUAGGACUGAUGUAGCAUGUGAGGCAGUUGAAAAUGGCAUAGCAGAGUGCUUCAACGCCAUCAUAUUGGAUGCUAGAAAAAAACCCCUUCUAGCAAUGUUUGAAGAAAUUAGGUUGUACAUGAUGGAUAGGUUCUACCAUAUGUUACAAAAGGCAGAAAAGUGGGAAUCAGUGGUUUGUCCAGCUGCUAUCAAGAAAAUGAACAAGUUUGGAGAGGAUUUGAGGAAUUGGAAUGUGAAUCCAAGUGGACCAUCUAUUUUUGAAGCCAGGAAUGGAUUAGAAGGGUUCAAGGCCAUAUAUGCAAACAAUAUACUGCCUGUGAAUGGUAGAAAUUUAUGGCCUAGAACAUCAUACAUAAAGCCUCUACCCCAUUUGGCUAGAAGAAUGCCAGGGAGACCAACUCUGAAAAGAAAGAGGCAUGUCACUGCAUCUCAAGAUAAAUACUCCCAAAACAAGAUGAAGGUUACUGGAAUAGGAAGGACAGUCUAA